GUUGCCGGGGUAGCGAGUGACGCGUGCGGCCUCAGGCCCGAUGGCGCAGCCGGCUGGUGGGCGCACGUGCGUGGAGAGCCUGCGGCGGGACGUGACUGACCUGCAGGGCGCCAUCGCCGACGUAUGCGGCCGGGCCGGGCCCGCGCGCUUCCGCUCCUGGAAGUUCCCCGACCGGCUGUCGUGCGAGCUGGACGUGGUGGCGCUGCUGCAGCGCUACGACUACGUGGAGGGCGACGCCGAGCUCACGCGCCGCUCCCAUGUGGCGCUUCUGGAGCUGGUGAUCGACAGGCUGCUGUUGCUGCUUCAGAGCUUCACUGGCUAUGCAGAAAAUCUUGUCAAUGAACAAGCCGUGCCUCCUCCUCAGGCAGUGGGACCCUGCAUGUCUGUUGGGCUGACUGUGAGGAAGUACUGGAACAGCAUGCUGAAACUGGGAGCCCUCUAUCAGCAGUCUGUGAGUGAGAAUAAAUCUAACAGAAAAGAGGCCUCUGCACUGAAAUCUACACUGCAGAAUUUGAAAGCUGAGAAUGAACAUUUGAGAAGCUGUUCACCUGUAAUUUCUGAAUUGGGCACAUUUUUCGAUUGUACACAGGCAACUACUUCAUGCCUAUCACAAAACUUCAGUGUACCAGACUAUGAUAUCAACGACCUCUCACGGCCAAGAUCUGCAUAUAGCGUCACCAGGAAUAACCAUAGUGUCCAUUCUCAGACAAUUGAAUCAUCCUUGGUACCUUGUGAUUCUUGUGCCAGCGCCCAGGCCAGCCUCCAGGAGGUCAGCAAAGCCAUCGUGAGCAUCUGUCGUAACCAGAAUAUCCCUUCAUCCCUGUGCAAAUUCCAGAAGAUGAUUGAGGAGACCAUGUUUAACAAGACACUUGCUGCUACAGACAUGAGGUACUGGGCAUCGGAACAAAUGAAGGACCUCUCCCGGAUCAAUAAACAUCUUGGGAUGCUGAUGCAACUGAUAAAUCCUUUGAAGACAGAACUGGAAGAAUCUGAGAAACAGAAGGAUGAGCUGAGAAAGCAGGUUGAAGACUUUGCCAAAGUUCUUCAGCAGGAGAAGGAUAUCCAGGAACAGCAGAGGCAAGCAGUUAAGCAGUGCUUGGAAAAGAAGAACAAAGAGAACCAUGAGAUCAUGGCCAAACUUGAGAAGGACAACGAGAAUGCAAAGAUAGGUACCGCCUUGCUGGAGGAACAGAUUUCUUCCUUGAAAGAGGAGUUGGCAUCACAGCAAGCUACUGUGAAAGAGCUGGAUGUUGUGUUCCCAGAGCUGAUCAAAAUGUCCCUGCUAGAGGAGAUGAGGACUAAAAUGGUAGACAAGAGCCAGAUGCUGAAGCUGCAAGAACAAGUGCAGCUGGUUACCACCCAGCUGGAAAGCACAAGCCAGGAGCUCAGCAAGGUCACCCUCCAGUUGGACAAGGAGAAGGCCAAAGUGAAAAGCAUGCUCAGGCAUGAGGAGUCACUGCAGGCCAAGCAAAGAGUCUUGCUGCAGCAGCUGGACAGUGUGGAUCAGGAGUGUGAGGAGCUACGGACCACCCUAAGCGAAGCUGAGGAGGACAAGGCCAAGCUGGUAGAGCAGCUGAAGGAGAUGCAGGACAAGAAGCAGCAGGUUCAACACAAGCUGGAAGCCCAGCAAGAGCUAACGGAGAACCUGGAGCAGGAAAAGCAGAGUCUAGAGCAGUCCACGUUUGAGCUGCACAAGAAUGUCUCUGAACUGGAGGAACUGAUCCAGGAGCUGAAGGAGAGGCAGAGGCUGCUGGUGUCUUUCCCAGACCUCCACAUCCCGGUUGAGGCACAGUUUGAAAGCACUGGGAAUGUUGCAGAAGAUAUGGAAAAGCAACUGCAGGCAAAUAACAUCCGGAUCUACAUCCUGGAGCAAGAGAACUUCCGGCUCAGGACUGCACUUGUAAAAAUGAGAGAAGCAGCCAAGCAAGGAGCCUUAAGACUUAUUCCACAGACCCAGCUGUGGAUUCACUCCUCUCCCCAGACCAGCAGCAAAGAUGGUGUGACAGACCACAACAAAGAUUACACAGGAAAUCCUGCUGGUGCACACAGACCUCCAAGCAGCCAAGCUGGCAAUGACAGCCUGGUGUCCCGCCGGCCUCCAAGCAGCCAAACAAGCAAGGCACGCCAGAGACCACCAAGCAGCCAACAGACAAAACCAUCCUCCCUAGAGACCACAUGCAAGGAACUGUCCUGCCUCUCUCUGCUACCUGACAACUUUCUCCUCAAUAACAAUGUCAAACCCAAAGGGCAAGACAGCGUAGCUGGAGUCCAGGCCCUCCCAUCACGCAGUACUAGAAACCACCAGAAAUAGAAGGCCAGCAGAGUAAUUCUGUCAGGAAGUAGUAUUCAACCAGUGCCACUAAUACUGUCACAUUUACCACUCAGGAUCCCCAUAAGUAGCAAGCUAGUGUUGGAGGCAGUCAGCCAGCACA